AUGGUUCGACAAGCACGCGCUCUUGCCUGGGGGCUUGCCUUCCUUGCCUCAUUGGGCUUAUGUGAGGAUGACAAUAUCGUCCGCGAUGUCGCCAUUAUAGGCGGCGGAGCCUCUGGGGCAUUCGCCGCAGUGAAACUCCGUGAUCAAGGCAAAUCCAUUGUUUUGAUCGAAAAGGAAGCCAUCCUGGGUGGCCACACCAAUACAUAUCAGGAUCCAGACACUAAACAGACUGUGGACUACGGUGUCCAAGUAUACCACAACCAACAACUCGUCAAAGAUUUCUUCGACCGUCUGAACGUAUCCUGGGAGAUCGCGGACCCAAGCUUCGUUUCAUCUGUUACGCCGCAGUUCCUGGAUCCAGAGACUGCCAAGCCUGUCAAUUAUACCAGCCCGGAUCCCACGGCCGGUCUACAGGCGUAUGCGCAGCAACUUGCUCAAUAUCCGGACGUGGAACUGGGCUUCUUCCUUCCGGAUCCUGUGCCCGAAGACUUGUUACUGCCAUUUGGAGAAUUCAUUCAGAAAUACCCCGAUAUCGCAAAUGCCACAUUUACGAUAUGCAGUUUCGGUGAAGGCCUCGGCGAUGAACUCAAGCAGCCGACAUUAUAUGUCUUCAAGAAUUUUGGGACGGAUAUUAUUCGUGACAUUGCCACUGGAUUCUUGAUUACGACAAAUCGGAAUAAUUAUGAGAUUUACGACCAUGUGACGCAGCUCCUGGGACGUGAUGUUCUUCUAAGUAGUUCCGUGGUCAACACAACGCAAAGAGAUAACAAAGGAGUGGAAUUGAUCGUCCAAACACCAGGAGGAUAUCAAAAAGUGACAGCAAAAAAGCUCCUGAUUACCAUCCCUCCUAAGGUUGAUAAUCUGCAUGCCUUCAGCCUGGACCACCACGAAUCAAACAUCUUUGGUAAAUUCGUCAACACGGGCUACUACACCAGCUUAGUGAACAACACUGGCUUACCACCAAACUACACCUCCUAUUCCGCCAGCCCAGAUACACAGCAAAAUAUCCCCAAGUUACCCGGCGUCUACGUCGUCACCGGAACGGCAAUCGAGGGAGUCUUCGAUAUCAAAUAUGGAAGUCCGUCACCUCUAUCAGACAAUGAUGUCAAACGCGAGAUUCUCUCAUACGUCAGAAAACUCCAGGCGAACGGAAUUGCCGAAAAAUUACCAGAUGACCCGCAAUUCGUGGCGUAUAAUAGUCAUGCUCCGUUUGAGUUGACUGUUUCUGCAGAUGAGAUUAAAAAUGGGUUCUAUGGAGACCUGUACUCUUUGCAGGGUUAUCGCAGCACGUGGUAUACUGGGGCUGCUUUCCAUACGCACGAUUCAUCCAUGCUUUGGAAUUACACCAGCGAGUAUGUGUUACCUGAGCUGCUGGCAUAG